UUCACCGUGGACUUUCCGGAAUUCGCUUUACACUCCCAGUGGCGGCCGCUGCUGUUGUUUUUCCACCCCUUCGCUUCAUUUCUUGGAGAAACCUUGCUCAGGAUCGGGAUUUGUUUGGACCUGUGCUAGUUCAGCGGCUGGAAACUGACCAAGGAAAGAGUCAUUAAGUAAAGAGCCCUCUUGGCCCCCCGAAGGAUUUCGCGCUCAGCUGGUGGAUCGGAGUGACCUGAAAGCCCUGCGAGCGCUUUUGGGGGAAAGGGUGGUCGCGCUGCUCGGGUUUCGCUUCGCUCCGGUUUGUGCUUCCUUCCUUCCCUCCCAAGAUUUUAAACUUCGGAAGAGGUUCUUCCCCUUCUCAUUUAUAUUUCUCUUUCAGGUGAAGCCCUUAUGAACUUUGUCUUAGUGCUCAGUCCAAGGUGUGACCUAUUCGGGCUUGAAUUGAUUUGUGGUUUUCAUUUUCUUCCACCCUGCGCAGGAGGCAUGUGGAUUUUGAAUCCGGCCCAAACGGGAUAUUCUAAAUUUGCAAAACAUUUUUGAUCUAUAAUAAGCAAGACUUUUCUGUUUUUGUUUUAAUUCCGCACACGCAAACACACAGCCUUGAAGGGUUUUUUUUUAACCACUGUGAUUGAGUAUUGCACAGGCUUUAGUUUUAAAAGAAGAAGACUUCAUUGCUUUAUAUAUAAGAAGGAAUUUCCAUGAAAAAACUUCUUGGACAGCUCUUAUCUGAUGGAGAGUUCUAAUCUUUUUGCAUAAUUUCAGUGUAACACGAAAAGUGUUCAGGAAUAACCUGUUUGCAAGAUAAAAUCGACCUAGGGAUGACUGCUUUCUGGCUGUCUUGGAAUCUGACUGAAGCCUAUUUAACCUAAAACGAAGGGUCAGAAAUGCGGUUUGGUUGGCCCUGAGCAUGUCUUUCUUCCCUCAUGCCUGCAAGACUAUGAAACAUACUGCAAUGUCUACAUCUCAGCACUGAUCUUUACGGAAAAGAUAAAUUAUUGUGUUCCUUUCAGGGAAAGCCUGUGAAAUCCCCAUUCCCUAAAGCUGUUACUGCUCCCAAAGGCAUAAGGGCGCUGUUGUGUUUUCCUGCCUGUAACUUAAGCAUCCAAGGAACUGUGAUUCCAGUCAGGAGACUUAAGGUUUUGGCAGCAGGUUGCAACCAUGUCAACAAAAGCAAGAGCACUUUACAACUUCCAGAGCGAAAACAAAGAAGAAAUUAGCAUCCGAGAGAACGAGGAGCUGGUUAUCUUCAGUGAAAACUCCUUGGACGGCUGGUUGCAGGGGACCAACAGCAGAGGGGAAACGGGUCUCUUCCCUGCAUCCUACGUAGAAAUCCUUCGCUCCAGAUCCGCCUCCACCUACACGGAUUACUCCCAGAGCCCGGCAGGAAAUGGCUCGUCCUUCUACAUCACCCCUGCGAGCACCACGGUUUCCCACCAGGGCAGCUUCGAGGAUGACGAUGACGACGACUGGGACGACUGGGACGACAGCUGCACCGUGGUGGAGGAGCAGCCCCGGGGCAGGGCUGGCACCAACGGGCACCCGUCCCCCAGCCUGUCGCAUCCGGGGCCGUACACCCAUCCCAACAACGUGGGCUACCGGCCCAAGCCCUCCUUGGAGAGGCAGGACAGCAUCGGCUCCAGCAAAAGGGGCAGCGUGGUGGGCCGGAACCUCAACCGCUUCUCCUGCUUUGUCCGGUCGGGGGUGGAGGCCUUCAUUCUGGGAGACGUGCCCAUGAUGGGCAAGAUAGCGGAGGCAUACUACAUCGACAUGGGUCCCAAGGGGCCGCAGUGGAGGUCGAAUCCACACCCGCUGGCCUGCUCCGUGGAGGACCCUACCAAACAGACCAAGUUCAAGGGCAUCAAGAGCUACAUCUCCUACCGGCUGACGGCCAGCAACUGUACUUCGCCUGUCUACCGGCGGUACAAACACUUCGACUGGCUGUACAACCGCCUCCUGCACAAGUUCACGGUCAUCUCCGUGCCUCACCUGCCCGAGAAGCAGGCCACGGGCCGCUUUGAGGACGACUUCAUCGAGAAGCGCAAGCGGAGGCUGAUCUUGUGGAUGGACCACAUGACCACCCACCCGGCCCUCUCCCAGUACGAGGGCUUCCAGCACUUCCUCACCUGUGGGGACGACAAGCAGUGGAAGAUGGGCAAGCGGCGGGCCGAGAAGGACGAGAUGGUCGGCGCCAGCUUCCUGCUGACCCUCCAGAUCCCCACCGAGCACCAGGACCUUCAGGACGUGGAGGACCGGGUGGACACGUUCAAGGCCUUCAGCAAGAAGAUGGAAGACAGCGUCCUGCAGCUGACCAACGUGGCCUCGGAGCUGGUGCGGAAGCACGCCGGAGGCUUCCGCAAGGAGUUCCAGAAGCUGGGCAGCGCCUUCCAGGCCAUCAGCCAGUCCUUCCAGAUGGACCCGCCGUACAGCUUCGACGCCCUGAACGGGGCCAUCUCGCACACGGGCAAGACCUACGAGACGGUGGGGGAGAUGUUUGCCGAGCAGCCCAAGAACGACCUGUUCCUCAUGCUGGACACGCUCUCCCUGUACCAAGGGCUCCUCUCCAACUUCCCCGACAUCAUCCACCUUCAGAAAGGUGCUUUUGCCAAAGUGAAGGAGAGCCAGCGGAUGAGUGACGAGGGAAAGAUGGACCAGGACGAGGCAGAUGGGAUCCGGAAGCGCUGCCGUGUCGUAGGCUUUGCCCUGCAGGCCGAAAUGAACCAUUUCCACGAGAGACGCAUCUUGGACUUCAAGAAGAUGAUGCAGUCUUACCUCAAGCAGCAGAUCGUCUUCUACCAGCGAGUAAGCCAGCAGCUGGAAAAGACGCUGAGGAUGUACGACAACCUUUAGGGGCCCUCAAGGCACUCGCGUUGCCCAGCUCGCUCUUUGCACCAAGCUGGGGGCUGAGGUGAUACCCUGUCCCCCAGCCUAGAUCUGUUGCCUGGAACUACUUUUUCUCAGCUCCCGGACCAGAGCACCUCUGAGCAUGAGAAGUGUACCCCCCCUUUUUUUUUUUACAUGCCAGGGCUGUUUCAGCUUGCUUUGGGCCUGCAAUAUCUUCAUGUACAUACAAUCAAAACACUAAGCAAAUAAAGGGAAGCUCCUGACCAAACUGCUGGAAACUCCUGCAUUUCUGGAGAGCAAGCAAAGAACGGAGACACGUUGCCAGCAGAUCUCCCCUUCGCAACAGGGUCUUUCAGCAUUGCCAACAGCAGCAUCAUUUAUGGAGGAACAUUUAUGAAACACGAAAGCAAUGUUUUGCCAUCUGCAGAUUUUUCCCGCCUCCUUUUCAAACUUGAUCUUCAAGAAUUACUCCAUCCUCAGCAUACAGGUUGUUCAGACUUCCUUCCCUCCCUCCAAAAAAACCGAGAUCAGGGUUCUAAGUUGCUUUGCACAUUGCAAGCGCUGGAUAGAUAGGUUGCGACAUCUUCAACUAAGAGGAAAGAAAUUGGAAGGUGGGGUGGGGGAGUUUUGUUUUGGUGCGACAAAAUGAUUCUUUUGUAGAAAUUGCACACACUCAAAAAGGAUCAAGGCUUUUGUAAAAUAUUCUGUUUAAAGCAAUCGCGCGUGGAGGUAACCGCGGGAGUAAUGUUUUUGUAUUCUAAAAGCUAAGUGACACUUGGAAA